CUCCGUCAUUAUUUUGCUACUGCAAAUCUUCGUGAAUACAGCUUAUAGGUUAUACGGUUGUACUACGUACAGUACAACACCGUCGUAAAUGUCGUAAUUCCGCCAUGGGUCAACAUUGGGCGACAUGCCAAAAAUAAUAUGGGUUCUUUUGUUGAUUCUACAAGUUUGUUUCGUUGGAAAUACGGUUGGUUCGUUAGGUGACAGGUCGCAGGUAUACAAGCAAUGUCUAGCACUGUGUCGCAAUAACAACUGCAGAGACGAAAUAAAUUUUAAGGAACAACCUCCUUUAUUCUUAAUCUUGCUACACUGGUCUUGCAAAGAAGAUUGUAGUUACAUUUGCAUAUGGAGGACCGUUGAUUACUUCGUAUCUCAUAGUUUGAACAUACCACAGUUUCAUGGAAAAUGGCCAUUCAUUCGUUUGUUUGGGUGUCAAGAGCCUGCUUCAGUUUUAUUCUCUAUAUUAAAUUUAUGUGCAAAUUGGAUAAUGUAUCGAAAAUUUAAAAGAAGGAUAGAUCAAACCAACCCUAUGUUCUAUGCUUGGACGUAUUUCAAUAUUAUAUGUUUAAACGGAUGGCUUUGGUCAACCGUAUUUCAUUCGCGGGACUGGCCAUUUACAGAAGCUAUGGACUAUUCUUGUGCGUUUAGUAUGGUACUUACACUCUUAUACUGCAUGCUUUUAAGGAUAACAAACAAGGGGACUAAAGCAUUUAUUAUAAUAACUUGUGGAUAUGUGAGCAUUUUGUGUACACAUUUGUCACAUUUAUGGUCAGGCAGAAUUAAUUAUGGUUACAAUAUGAUGCUUAAUGUAGCGAUAGGAUUAGCGACUGUCGUGAUAACAAUGCUGUGGUGGUAUCUUAACCGCAUUAAGUUGCCUUAUGUAUACUUAAUCGCUUGGUUCAAUAUAUUAACUACUUUUGUGACUCUACUCGAAUUGGCAGAUUUUCCUCCUAUUUUUUGGAUAUUUGAUGCUCAUUCCUUGUGGCAUGCUAGUACUGUUCCCUUGACAGUAUUGUUAUAUAGGUUUGUGAUCGCAGAUUGCUGUUAUCUGGAAAAGUAUUGUAACAAAUCAUUCUUAAAUAUCAAUCGUCAUAGGCAGUAAUUUCAUAAUACAUAAUGCUGGUCUAAAUAGAUCUACUCAUAUACAUUCUGGAAUAAAAAAUCGUUGCCUUUUAUUACUUACCUUAUCAAGAACAAAUUUGUGUUAUAUAUCAGGAGACACGAUAAUGUCUCGGCGCUAAGCCAAGCGCAACUACCAUGGUUCCUUUACGCGAGACCGCGAGUUGCGAUUGAGAUUAUUGGAUCUCAAUAAUGGUUGAACCGAUCAAAUUCUACAUACGCUUAAUCGAUAGCAUCCACUCAAAUUGUAUAAUAAAAGUUCUACUUAUAGCAUUUUUCUUUUGGGAUGCACUAAGUGUAACCUUGCACCUCACUAGUUCCAUUUAAGCACUACACUGCACUGGAGCG